CGUUGCAAGAAUCGAAGAAGCGUUUGAUCUGCGACUGCGUUCUUGUAAUUAAUCGCGAAAUUCCUAAUAAUUUAGCAACGACAUUACUGUAGUGUUAAAUUUGUAAUAGUAAAUUCGUUAUAGUUAUUAUAAUGGCAGACAAGAAAGUUACUCCUCCCCUCGGAGCCUACCCCCAACCUCAGCCUCCGCAAGGACCCUUCCUACCCGCGCCGCCGCAGCAGCAUCCGCAAUAUGGUGUGGCAGGCGGGUCGCCGUAUGGAGUCGCAUUCGGCGGCGCGGGCGCGGGUGCGGGCGGGGUGUAUGCGCCGCCGCCGUACGACCAGCUGCAGCACCACCAGGCCAUCCCUGCUCUCAGCCAGCAGCUACCUAUGUAUAGCCCCGCAGCAGCAAUGUACGCAGCAGCUGCUGGCUACCCGGGAUAUAUCGGCUACCCUGUGCAGUACUACCCGUACUAUCCGACAGCCGUUCAGCCUUCUAUACAACCUCUGCGCCCCACUAUCAUGAUCCCGAACGGUUUCGAAGCGGGGGGUAGGUUCGAGGGUCUCGCUCAGACGCUUCUGCCGCCCGCGCCCCCCGGCGUGCCUCCCUCCCCCGCGCACCUCGCCGCCAUACAGCCGCACCAAGUUCUGUGGCGUUAACUGUGGAUGAGUCGCACGAGGAGGCAUUGAGAACAUUGACCGACGGACACAGGCUCUAAUAUCGUCUUCAUCACUAAAUUAGUAUAUACAAUAAUAAUUUUAUAUAUAUGUUGAUUUACUUUAAAACUAAAACGAAAAAAACCUUAUCUUUCUAAAAUGACUUGAACGACUGAAAUGUUUAAUGAAUCGAUAAAAAUAUACAAAAGUAAAGUCAUUUUAGAAAUAUGCAAUUCGUUUUGUAAUUAAAUGAAGUGAAUGUAACAUUUAUAUAUAUAUAAAUAUUAUAUAUAUAUAAUAUAUAUAAUUAAUCAAUUAUUUAUGAAUGACAUGAAGAUGUUUACUUUUGUGUCCAGUCGGUGAAUAUCAGCUUAGCCGGUUAUUAUUGACUGUGAUGUGUUAAGAUAAUGUUUGCCACUUGCUUAUAUAAAGCUCUCUAUGACAUUCGUGCCUUUGAAAACGAAACAAAAUGAAAAUAAUCUCGGCCAGUUCACACACAGCUUUAUUCCAUAAAGCUUUAUUUGUUAUAAAACUAAAACCAGUGAUAAUUGCAGACAUUCCAGUCGUAACAGAGUUGAAAAAUUUAAUUUACAUUUAAAAUGAAAAUAUUCAUUUAAUAAAAGUAUAUAUAUCUUUAAGCUUGUUUCCUUUUUGAAUAAAAUGUAUAAUAAUUAAUAAUUCAUUAGUUCCGUGCAAUAAUAAAUACAAAUAAUAAACACUUUUACCAAAUAAUAUGAAGUUCUACAUUUAAUUGUAUAAAUUCAUUUAAUUACAAAGUCAAGUGGUAAACAUUACUUUCGGCCGAGACGCGGUCUCUGCAUAGUAUUAUAGUGGCGUCGCCACUCUACGACUAGACUAUACUCGCGGGUUUGUGCUGUAUGUGCGUAUGUCCGUUACAUUAAAGAUUCCGUACACGGAAUUUUCAUUUUAUAUAAUCAUCGAAAGUUUUUAUUGUUACUAAAAGACGAUAAAUAAACUGCCUAUGUGUCAAAUGGCAGCUAUAAAACUAUAGCAAUUGUUGUGUAUUUAUAUAUUGUAUUUUUUUUUUUCGUUACAUAAUUACUAAUAAAGUUGUCACAAUUUUAUUCGAUAAACGCACAAACAGUACAAAAUCCGAACUUUAGUUAUAUAUAAUUGAGAAAAGCAAAAAAUUAAACAGAGGUUGUGCGUGACACGUGCGAGUGAGACGGGCGGGCGGUGUGUGUGUGUGUGUGCGAGAGAAAGAAUGUAACUCGGUUUAGUUAUUAUAUAAAUUGAGUAGUUAAUUCUGAACUGUUUGCAAAUUUAUUUUAUUCUCAAAUAUAAUUUGAUUAUAAAAGUAAAAAAUAAAUAAUUGAAAUAUGUUUGUGAAAAAAAAUUGAAUUUCAAAAUGGUUUAAAUUCUUUAAUAAGCGAAUGGAUAUCUUUCAAAUAGCAUAUUUAUAAGGAUCAUAGCAAAUACCAAUGGCUAUAGUAACUUCUUUUUUGAUCUUGUGUCAUAAUUUUUUUAUAUAGUUUAAAAAAAAUGUAAUGUAUUCGCUUAUUAAAUUCUAGAUGUUUCGAUGAUGUUUGAAGUUGAUAUCAGAAUCUCAGACGCUUUCAGUCAAGCGUUGUAACUAGUUGUAAUGUGUAAUACAUUGAAUGUGGUUAUAUGGAAAUCGUUUUAACCGUCAAAAUGGUCUUCAUUUAUUUUUAAAAUAAAUGUACGUAUCUAUCUAUAUAUAUAUAUAAUAUUAUAUGUUAAAACGAUUCAAAGUAACGUUUUUAUAUAUAUUUGUAAUUGUGAGAUUUAUAUAUAACACCAACCAACUCAUACCAAGUCUUAAGUCUUAUGGAAGCAAAUUUCGUUAAUUAACUACCCCCUUCCCACCCUGAUUUUAAAACAUAAUUGCCACCCCUUAUCCAAAAUGAUAAGACAUAGUAUUAUAUUUGUUUCUAUUAAAUAACGUCGUAAGAAAUAAUCAACGAAAUUAUUUAUUUUCUAUAAUUAAUAUUAUUUUCAUUGCUUUUUAUACAUAAGUACAAUAAAACUUAUUAAAGCUCUAAAAAAUAUGAGCAUCCGUAUCCCUUCCCCAAGCUUACCUAAUACACAACAAAUUGCUAUGUAUAACAUUACAAUAUAUAUGUAAUGUUAUAUAUAAACUCGCUAGUCACAAAUAUAUGUAUAAACGCAUUCAAUGUCCACACUCGAAUAUAUUGUUUUAUUGUCUCUGAAUGUAAACGAAAGCUAUUGUUAUAUGUUAUUUUAGUUUUUAUUAUAUUAUAUAAUAUAUAAUAAGUACAGGUCUAUACUAUCAUUUUGAAUGCAAUUUGUCGGAUGAUGAGGCAGUGUUUUGUUUUUCUGGACUGAUAGGUUAGUUCUUUAGUCCGAUGAAUGUUUUAAAUUGACUUGCCAUUCGUUUGUUCGGAUUACUGAGGAUAUUGUGUAUUAUAUUUAUGAAAUUAUUGUGUUACAAUUGCAACUCGUCUCGUGAAGAUAACUUUUGAUAGUCAAUUUUGUUACAUACAUAGAUACAUCUUGUCUUAAUUCAUAUUAGUGACAGCCUGUUAAUGUCCCACUGCUGGGCUAAGGCCUCCUCUCCCUUUUUGAGGAGAUGGUUAAUUCAUAUUAUAGUUGAUAAAUCUAAGUAUAUCAAAUACACCUUGGAUUAUGAUAAGAAAACAGUCAGACAGUCGAGCCCUUACAGUUAUAUACCAAACAUAACUUAUGAGCAAUGUAAAUUUGUUUGACCUGGCAAGAUAUUGGACGGUAACCACCUGUCUAUAGCUUACGUGGAAUUUAUUCAUUGUUUCAACAAUUCUCAGUGGCCAAUGAUUAAAAACUUCUUUAUAUCAGUAUAAAUAAAUACUGUAUGAAGCAUAAUGGUACAGACUGAGAGACUUAUUUGCGGGUUUUAUUGAAUUCUGUAUUGAAGUCCCAUAAAAAUAUAUCACGUUCAAACGACUCCAUUACAGACUUGUCUGAUUACUGAGAUCAGAAAGUGCAGUUUGUUAAGAUUUUUUCAAAUUACUACAUUCUGUGUAUUGUAGGUAUAAUAAUGACAAAAAUAUCAUAGAACAUAGCUAAGUAUUAGAAAAAUCUCAUUAUUGUUUAUAUACCAGUUUAUAUACUUUUUGAUUAUUGCAUUUUUUUUUUAAUUUAAAUCAUGUCUACGAAACGAAGAUGGACUCAAAAUUUUAUACUUUAACCAAAAAAAAAAAAAAAACUUGUUCAUGGUGCCUUUAUUUAAUUGUUUUACAUUUUUUUUAUACAUAUGUAUCUCGAAUAUAUUUUAUCUCAACAGAUUAACAAAAUAAUUAUAACACUAAUUUAAAUUUCACUUUAGAUAAAAAUAUGAAUAGUAUUGUCUUUUUUAUAAUUUAUAGAAACGAAUGUAAAUUUACAUAUAAUCUGCUGUGUGAUAGAGGAAGGCAAUGGCAGUAUGUAGCAAUCCCACGCGGUGUAGGGACCAUAGAGUAAUUGUUUUUUUUGUCCAACAAUGCAUUUAAUAUUGCAACAUUUCAGAGUGAUCAUUUUGUUUUGUCUUUAAAAAUCGUUAAUAGCAAUUAUUUCAAAAGGAGCAUAAUAAUUCGUAUGUCGAAGACAUAUCGGACGAACACUAUCGAAGUAUAAUUAAAGUUUUAUAAAUAACAACAAGUUUAUAAUUGCGUUUGUUGGUUGUGGGAGUAUCGGAGACAUUUGCGCGACCGGCCAUUACUGUAUAGAUCGAGUUUUCAUUAAAGCCUUCGUUAACGCACACGGCUUAAUAUUGUGAUAUUUGAAAUAAAAAUUUGUACCAAAAGCAAUAAAAUUAACUUGAAAUCCAAAUUUAAAAAUCAUUAAUAGUUUUGUUUGGUCUUUAUCAUAAUUAUCUCGAUACGAGUUUAUAAAUACCAGACUUGAAAAUGUUUACUUUGAGUCUAUUUUUCAUUCUGAUAUUUCAAACUUUCAGUGAAAUUAAAAAUUAAUAUAUUUGAAUAAGUAACUAAAUCUAACCCAGCCUGUCUUAAACUGUGUUGGUGAUAAAGAUAUGGCCGUGCUUUAGAAAGCGUCGUUUGGUCUCGCGGGUGUGUCCGAUGCUUAAGGCUAUUGUGUUAAAAAGACGUUUGUGCUCUGUUGUCGUGUAAGCGAAAGUGAGUUUUGCUCAAACGUGUGAAUCUAUCGACUUCCGAGUCACGUGCAAUAUAUAGCAUAAAUAUUAUUUUGUUUCCAAUAAAAAAUAAAAUU